CCCAGGAUAGGGGCGGAGCUACUCUGGCAAGAUGGCUGAGCAGCUCUAGAGCAGGGGAGGAGGAGGAGUAGCUGCUGCUGCGGCAACCAGUGCCCUGUUCCGGAGGAGUCGGUGGGCGGGGCUUGAGGGUGCUCUGGCCCCAGGUCCCCCUGCCCUCGGCUGCUGCUCCUGCGGGUCCGCGGGGCCCGAGCCGCCCGGCCAUGGCGGUGACGGCGGCUCUGUCGGUGGCGGCGGCGGCCGCGGCCCUGUCCGGCAUGGCGGUGCGGCUCUCGCGCCUGGCGGCGACCCGCGGCUCCUACGGCGUCUUCUGCAAGGGGCUCACGCGCACGCUGCUCACCUUCUUCGACCUGGCCUGGCGGCUGCGCCUCAACUUCCCCUACUUCUACAUCGUGGCCUCCGUCAUGUUCAACGUGCGCCUGCAGGUGCGGAUCGAGUGAGCGCGGGGCCGCGGGCCCCCCAGGAGGGCGCCGCUCCCGCCCCCCGCCCCCCGCCGCAUGGGGGCCGGCCGCGCCGCCCGGGUCUCCGGGUCGCGGCGCGGGAAGGAGGGCGGGUGGCCCGGGUCCCUGGCCCCCGGGGCUCCCCGACAGGACGCUGGCCACUGAGCCACCCGGCCACCCGACCCCGGACCCGGUCGGCCUGGUGCGCAUCGCACAAACACGGACAAAGCGGACCCUUCCCUGGGCUCCGGAAAAUCAGCUGUUACCUCACGUUGGCCAAAGGGGGAACCAGACAGAAAUGCUCCUGCGGGCCCUGCUUUGACCGGUCUCACCAAAAAGGAACCAGUGUUUGCAGCCAGUGACUCGCCCCCUCUCUGGCCUCAUCGACAGUCAAAUCUGUGCCCAAGGACCCCCUGCCCCCAGAGCUUCCUGGCAGCAGCCGAGUGAAGAGCCUGGCUGAGGAGAAGAUCAAGGGCCUGCCCGGCAGAGGCCCGAGGCUCGGAUCCCCCACGCCCAGGAUCACACAGGAGACUGUCCUCCAGAUGGGCUUGGAUUGGUCCUGGAGGCCCAGCUGUGCUGCUGAUGGUGUACCGGCAUGGCCAGGAGCAGCCCGGAGGGGAGCCCGGAGAGACCCUGGCCCUCACCACCCACCCCGGCCCCCACCUGCACUGACACUGGCUGCUGCCAGCCCAAGUCCUCAGAGUUCCUGAGACUGAAAACCACAGCAGUGUGCUCAGCCCCAGGGACGGAGUGGCCCGAUCUCACCACGUCUGCCCUCUCAGCUGCCCGGCUGGAGCCUGGGGCCUGGGUGAAGUGCUCCUCCUGCCUCACCACAGGACUGGGGACCCCGGCUGCCACGUGCCCCUGCAGUUUCCCACCAACAGAGCCUGAUGGCUCCCUUCCUUGUGCCAAGUCACCUGGGAGCCCCUGGUCCUGGUGGCCCCUCCGCCCCCACGCUGUCCACCCAGGACCACUUCUGGGAGCCUGCCAGCCGGCCUGCCAACUCCACCUGCCGAUCUUCGGGGACGGCCUCAGGAAAAGGAGAGCAACACGGGCUGUGUAAGGUGGGAGGAGGGCCCGGGGCCUCCUUGGGGAUGGUGCACAGAUGUGCCCCUUCCUUUCAAGCCCAGGUCUCCCGUUUGGGAGACUCGAUCCGCAGCUCCAGCCUCUUCCUGGGCUGGCCAGGGAGGAAGCAGACCUGAGACUGGCAUGAGGGAGGCCCCUCACUGACUGUGGGCUGGUGUCCCACAGGGGAAAUAUGUCUCUGACCUCAGGGUCCCCCGGCCUCAUAGACCCACUCCCCUGCCAGGAAGCUCCUCCCCAUCCGGGGGGACCCCGGAAGCCCUCCAGCUCUGGCUCUGGCUGUCUGCUCAGAGGGAAAGGCUGGGGAAGGGGCCAGCCGCCAGCCAGUCCUUAGCCUGUUCCUGCGCUGCUUUUCUUACCAUUUUGGCCUUGAGUAGUGUGAGCUGUUUCUGCUUUCCCACCUCCCCCAGCCCUCCUGGGCCCUGGCUGCUUGACUGGCUCUCAGUGCACUUUACUUGUUAGCCGUCUGUGUUCCAGGCAGCGGAAAUUCUGCCAAUCAGAGACACCAACCUGAAUAAGAUGUCUCAGUUUUCUGUUUGUGGUCACUCUGUUCUUGUCAGAAAUGUUCCUGUUUCUGGUGUUGUUCACAACUUGUUGUCUAAGUUAUUAAAAGGUUCUCAAGUUCAAUAAAGUAAAUAAAACUGGA